CGCCCUACGAGCUGCAUAAUGCUCGAAGAGACUACGCGCGAGGGGAUCCUUACAAGCACAAGGCCUCAUUUAAGCCUUCCUCAGCCCGUCCCGACCUGCUGCUCUCAUCACUGCGAGUCCUUCCUCCAACCUUCAUAUAGUGUUUGGCCUUUCCAUAUCCGACAAGGAGCUUCCACUCAACUGGAUCUGCAGUGCGCGCAUCACUCAAUCCUGUCAUCAGCCCUACGAGCUUAUUAACCCACGACCUCGACGGCUUGCCCGCACCAUCGCCGCCAUCAGCGAGGCCGAAUACAAUACCAUGGAGUCCCAGCAGUUUGAGUACUGGGUCCCGCCGCGCACGAACGAUGCGUACACAUAUAACCCUACCGUCUUCUACGACUUCAGCACUCCGGACCUUGCUAGCAUACCCAGCCUCAGUGCCUCACCUACCUCGACCACAUUUGACGGUACACCUGCACCAUCACAGCAUGCCGCUCUGUACCACCAGAACCUCGCUUCCACGCACUUUGGCCUUGUCAGCGGCGAAGCGAACAUGUCGUACCAACUGCCAGUAACUCCCAGUGAUUUCGGAUCAGCAGACGACCAAAGCCCGUACUGCAGCCCUAAGGCACCCUCCAGCGAGCUCAUGUACUCGAUGCAAAGCGAAAACUCUGGUUACCCACUGCGAAUCACUGCGGAGCAGGCAAAAGCCCCGGCACCGGUACCGGUGCAGCCACAAGCCCAACACGCACGCUCGCAUUCGCACCCACAAUAUCACGCCGCCGCCGCCACGGCCGCCGGCGCACCUGAACGGACACACACAACAAGCGGACGCCGCCGGGCCCAGAACCGCGCCGCGCAGCGGGCGUUCCGCGAGCGCAAAGAAAAACACGCAAAGGACCUGGAGAUGCAGCUGGCGGGCCUGACGGAGAAGUACGGCAAGCUCGAGGCGUCGCACGCGGAGCUGGGCCAGGCGUACGAGAAGCUCAAGAAGACGAUCGAGGUGUUGACGUCGGAAGACGCGGAGACAGACGAUGACGUCGGCGACGAGGUCGUGCUCGAUGGCCGUGUGGUGAGGCGGGACAGCCUCUCCUUGGCGGCGCGAGACCCGCGGACGCUGGGCCGGCUCGUCGAUAUAUUGCACGGUGAAGUGAGAAGGGGGAUCAAAAUGGAGCGCUGAGGGUUUGCUGUUUCCUUUUGUUGUUACUUGCUGCUGUGCUGGGCUCGUUUGUUUACGUUCUCCACUGGUCGCGUCGUUUGUGGGUUUCCCUCUCAACCUCAAAUUGAUGGAGGUUUUUUUUACCUUUUUU